UCCUUGCCAAGCUCAGGAUCAUCUCAGAAAUGGAAUAGUACAUGGGUCUGGAGGGCAGAAAACAAGCCCACUCUGCCAUUCACAGGCCGUGUUGCCUUGAGGAAACUGCUUUACCUAGCUGCGUUUUCUUUUUGGUAAAAUGAGACUGAUAGUACUUGCCUUAUCAGGUGUUGUGAAAUGACAUGAGCUAAAGAAGACAAAAUGUCCAGUGCCUGGAGUAGCCCCAACUUCAUUUUCCAUAAAUGCUUAUUUAUCCAUGAUCUGUUUGAUCAGACACAUCCUUGGCUGGGUGGAUAACCCUCCAUUGUGUAUUUAGGGUAGGGUAAGUGGGGUAGGGAGAAUGCUGGUAAGCUCCUGGAGAUCUUUUUUUUUUUGUAAUCACAAAAACACAGUUUCCUUUCUGGAUUCAUCUCCUGGUGCAUUAAGUCUCCCCAAGCUGGUCUUCACAGUAUUGUAAAUUGGGUGACUAUUAACCUGUUGGACUGGAUUUGAUUCCUAAGUCUUCUGCUAAUUCACUGUUCCUGGGCAGAUGCUCCCUGUCCCCACCCUCAAUCUCCCCACGGCAACAACUGGCCUAGCUCCCCACACCUUUAGUCUGUCAUGAAAAGUAGGAUCCCUUUACUCAGAAGAUGCCCAGUGGCACAGAAUGCCUGAUUUUAGGCCCACUGUCAGGGGCCACAGACCACCUUUAAGUCCUCCCACCACCAAGAGGAAGUGAUCCUCAGAGUUUCCAGCUGACUUUUUCUGUUCUAUAGUUAGAGGGGAGUGUGAUUUUGGGCAAUCUCUUUGGGCCUCAGUCGGCUCAGCUGUUAAAUGGGAACACCAAUCUCUCUGUGGUAGGCAUGUUGUAAGGCUUAGUUGAGAAACAGGCAUACAGGGCCUCAAUAAUUGUACAGAAUUGUUCCUAUGAUUGAGCUAACCGCUAGCGGGGAGGGGGCACACUCAACGGUGUUUUAAACUUUAUUUUGCCCCGGGAUUUCCUCUCCCCGGACUUACACCCUCACAUGCUAGCGUCACGGGGAAAACCGAGGCAGUCCUUCCCCACCCCCUCCCGCGCAUCCAGCGGCGGGGGAUGCGACUAGAGGGCUAGUGUGAGCCUGGCCUGAGUGUGAGCGCGGCUGGGGAAGGCUGAGCAGGCGGCAGGGGCGGAGCCCCGCUCCCUGUCCGCGGCUUCUCACGGGCGGGGCUGCUGCAGAGAAUCUCAGCUAGCAGAGCCCGAGCUGGAGCAGCGCUUUGUUCUGCUUGCUGCCUCCUAGGCCCGCCGGCGUCUGGGCCCAUCCCUCACCUGCCAGCUCCUUCCACCCGCCCAUCCUCCGACAUCUGGACCUGCAUCCCCUUCUCCAACCGCUUCGUCCCAGAUCCUGCCCUCAACCCUUCCCCACACUUCUCGUUAGGGCCAUUGCCUGGUACCCUUCUAUCCAUCCUUCCCUCCUCCAUCUCCUUACCUAGGGCCCCUCUCGCGGACUCCCUUUUCCCAAGGUCCGGGUCACCCUGCCCGGCCCCGCCCCUCCAGGCCGGGGAUGUUCCCCGCGGCCCGGCGCCCAUGGUCCUGACGCUGCUCCUCUCCGCUUACAAGCUGUGCCGCUUCUUCGCCAUGUCUGGCCCACGGCCGGGCGCCGAGCGGCUAGCGGUGACAGGUCCUAACGGAGGCGGAGGCGCCGGCCCGUGGUGGGCUGCGGGCAGCCGCGGGCCCCGGGAGGUGUCUCCCGGGGUGAACACCGAGGUGCAGGGCGCCCUGGAGCGUGCGCUACCGGACCUGCAGCAGGCACUGUCGGAGCUGAAGCAGGCGGGCGGCACGCGGGCCGUGGGCGCCGGCCUAGCCGACGUUUUCCAGCUAGUGGAGGAGGCCUGGCUGCUGCCGGCCGUAGGCCGCGAGGUCGCCCAGGGUCUAUGCGACGCUAUCCGCCUGGACGGCGGUCUCGACCUGCUGUUGCGGCUGCUGCAGGCGCCGGAGCUGGAGACGCGCGUGCAGGCCGCGCGCCUGCUGGAGCAGAUCCUGGUGGCUGAGAACCGGGACCGCGUGGCGCGUAUUGGGCUGGGCGUGAUCCUGAACUUGGCCAAGGAGCGAGAGCCUGUGGAGCUUGCGCGCAGCGUGGCAGGCAUCUUGGAGCACAUGUUCAAGCACUCAGAGGAGACGUGCCAGCGGCUAGUGGCGGCGGGCGGCCUGGACGCGGUGCUGUACUGGUGCCGCCGCACGGACUCGGCGCUGCUUCGUCACUGUGCGUUGGCGCUGGCCAACUGCGCGCUGCACGGGGGCCAGGCGGCGCAGCGGCGCAUGGUGGAGAAGCGCGCCGCCGAGUGGCUCUUCCCGCUCGCCUUCUCCAAAGACGACGAGCUGCUGCGGCUGCACGCAUGCCUCGCCGUGGCGGUGCUGGCAACCAACAAGGAGGUGGAGCGCGAGGUGGAGCGCUCGGGCACGCUGGCGCUCGUGGAGCCGCUCGUGGCCUCGCUGGAUCCCGGCCGCUUCGCCCGCUGCCUAGUAGAUGCCAGCGACACAAGCCAGGGUCGCGGGCCCGACGACCUGCAGCGCCUCGUGCCGCUGCUGGACUCGUCGCGCCUAGAGGCUCAGUGCAUAGGGGCUUUCUAUCUCUGUGCCGAGGCUGCCAUCAAGAGCCUGCAGGGCAAGACCAAGGUAUUCAGCGACAUUGGCGCCAUCCAGAGCCUGAAACGCCUGGUUUCCUACUCCACUAAUGGCACCACGUCGGCGCUGGCCAAGCGCGCGCUGCGUCUGCUGGGCGAGGAGGUGCCGCGGCCUAUCCUGCCCUGCGUAGCCAGCUGGAAGGAGGCUGAGGUCCAGACGUGGCUGCAACAGAUCGGGUUCUCCCAGUACUGCGAGCGCUUUAGGGAGCAGCAGGUAGAUGGCGACCUGCUUCUGCGUCUCACGGAAGAGGAACUCCAGACCGAUCUAGGCAUGAAAUCGGGCAUCAUCCGAAAAAGAUUCUUUAGGGAGCUCACGGAACUCAAGACCUUCGCCAACUACGCUACGUGCGACCGCAGCAACCUGGCUGACUGGCUGGGCAGCCUGGACCCGCGCUUCCGCCAGUACACAUAUGGCCUGGUCAGCUGCGGCCUGGACCGCUCCUUGCUGCACCGCGUGUCCGAGCAGCAGCUCCUGGAGGACUGUGGCAUCCACCUGGGUGUGCACCGUGCCCGCAUCAUCACGGCUGCCAGAGAAAUGCUACACUCCCCACUUCCCUGCACUGCCUGCAAACCUAGUGGGGACACCCCAGAUGUCUUCAUCAGCUACCGCCGGAACUCAGGCUCCCAGCUGGCCAGCCUCCUGAAGGUACACCUGCAGCUGCACGGCUUCAGUGUCUUCAUUGAUGUGGAGAAGCUGGAAGCAGGCAAGUUUGAGGACAAGCUCAUCCAGAGUGUCAUGGGUGCCCGAAACUUCGUGCUGGUGCUGUCAGCUGGGGCACUGGACAAAUGCAUGCAGGACCGCGACUGCAAAGACUGGGUACACAAGUGCAUGACACACAGUAGAAACUCUUUGAAUAUUUGCAGAAUGGAUAGAUGGAUAGAUGGAUGGAUCCGUAUCACAUGUGCAAGUUAUUAAUCACUAAUCUGUGAGUAGGAAUUGGGGCUAGGGCUGAGGAAUGCAAUAGUUAUCUGACAUGGGCCCUUAUCCUUAAGCAGCUAAGGAGACAAGAAUAUGCCCAGAAUAACUAGAUCAUAUAUAAGUUGGGGUCAAUGCUGAGCUAAAUGAGCCUCUUACUUGCCAUAGAGGUACGGAGAAGAAAGAAAACACUGAGGUCUAGAAUAAUCUGGAAAGGCUUCAUGGAGGAAGCAAAAUGUGAGAAGUGUCUUAAGAAUUUAGGUAAGUGGAAGGGAAGGCAUCCCAGGCAGGGGAAACAGCAAGAGCAAAGAACAAAAAUAGGGCUAAGAAGGGUGCCAAACACCUACACGAAUCACCGGUAUUGCUUUCUCCAUCUUACAGAUGAAGAAACUGAGGCUCGGAGAAGUAGAGUACUUUUUUCCCAUGGCCACACUGGUGUAGAAAUCAGAAAAGCUGGGCUUUGAACUCCAUCCAUCUGACCCACAGCCCCUGAUCUUUCCCAGGACCUGACUGUGUUCCAUGGCACAGAUCGGAGUGGUAUGAGGAGAGGUAGUGGGAUAGGGCUGGAGUCAGCUGACACAGAGAUGACUGUAUCUCUUCCCAACUCUACAUUCAGUGACAUCAUAUUGCUAGCUUGAAAUCAACCAUGGUGAGAGUAUUUACACUACAGAAAUCGGUAGAUCCUUCAAAUCAGGGUUUUAUUUGUUCAUUUGGCUGCAAACCUAGCGGGGUUUUUUUUUUUUGCCCCCUGGCAAGCUGGUUGUUAAGUAUUUAUCAGCAUACCACUGACUGUAAGAACUAUGGAACCAGGUUGUGUCUAAAGGCUGGGAGAAGACCUAUACUUAUAACACUGGGAAAAGGGACCCCAUGAGGGCAAUGAUGCCAGAACAGUGGGCUUUAGGGAGAAAUUCUGACACUAUAGAACAGUGGAGAUUGACAGUGGAGAAGAGGGUGUGUUCAUGGCUGAGUACUGGGCUUGGUUUGGGGAGGAGGUGCUAGGCCAAAGAAACACCCUGGAGGAUUAUGACUGAUGGCCUAGAGCAGGUGCAGGUGUCCUUCUGAGAGAAAGAGAGGAGUGUCUGUGAAUUCCAUGAGAGCGCAGACCUGGCCUUGUUCACUUUAUCUCUGAUGUCUAAAAUCAUGCAAGGUACAAAGUAGGCUCUGAAGAGUUUAUAGAAUAAUUGAAUGAAUGACUAAACAGAUGAGUGAUUCUGGAAGCUGAGAUAACUAGGGAAAGUGAACAUUUCCACUAGGUUUACCAGGUCAGACAACUUAACUCUAGUUAAGUUUUCAUUCUAAACCAGCUAGGUGAUAUUGAACAAGCCAUUACUCCUCUCCAGGCCAGAUUCUGAAAUGGAUUUGGUGCUAAGUAAUUAUUGAUGAAGCAAAUGAAUCUGAAACAAAUGUCUAAAGGUUCCUGAAUGCAUUUCUGCAGGAUCAUAAUUCAUCCAAAUUCUCAGCAGAGAGGCAGAGGGCUUAGUUGAAA